AUGAUCCGCGUCCCGGCUGUUCUCUUCUCUGGUGAUGCAAACAAGGGGCUUCCAGGGAUCAUCCUUACUCCAACUACUCCAUCUGAACCUGUUACUCCCAGCACGGUAUCAUCUUCGCCAACAUUGCCGGAAUCACCAGCAAUGCCCUCCCUGCCGUCGCCUUUAACCCCGCCGCCUCCCACUCCGCCAGGGUUUGAGUUCAAAAACAAUACCGAACGGUACUUCUUUGCCAUUGCUGCACGCGCACUCCAGGAGGCAGUAAAGCUACCUGAACAACCACCACCAGCUGGCUGGCUACCUAGCCAAAAAUGCCCCAUCUUCUAUUCUUCGAUACUUGACCAAUUUACUGUCUGUUUCCGCGAGAAGCUCCAAAGCCUAGGCCGCUACCAACAGGACACAUUUAUUGAAGAAUGUCAACAUCACUAUGUCAGCAUUUUCAACAACAUCCGCUCUAGAUGGCAUUACUCCCCGUUUGGCUCGAUUGAUGGGUUUAGAACUACCAUCAACACUCCCAACUGUGCAAUCGCUGUUCAGGCACUGCAACACACCGUCAGAAAGCCGACUUCCCCUCCGCCUGCUAAUUGGAAGGUCAACGAUCCCUUACACACAUACUAUGUUAUCAUGAUUGCUAGGUUCCGUACUCAUCUGCGCAACAUGCUGAGGAACUACAACUCCCUCUUGGUCGAUGGACCAAUUGAUAUCCAUGAGUCUACCUGCCGAUUCAUCGAGCUAGUCAUUCAAGAGUACCGCCGCACCUGGAUCACAAACUUCGGGCUAGAGUGA